AUGGUUCACGUGCUGAGGCCCUGGGGCCGGGCCUUCGACGUCUGUGUUUCUGGGGACACAGUUCAAUCCGUAGUUCUUGUCCUGUUAACGCGGCACAAACACAACACUCUCAGCGCGGUCACCCCGGGCGUCUUUCUCAACAACUGGUGUCGUGAAGCAGCCGCGCCACCUCUGGGGCCCCCGCCCCUCCCCCUGCCGUGGUCUCUUCCGUGGACAAGCGACGUCGUCGUGGACAGUUGUCGCGGACAGUGCCGGCCUGUUACGUGCAGAAAGAAUGAUGAUGGGGACACAAGUGUUGUCGUUGAAAAGGACCAUUUCAUGGAUGAUUUCUUCCAUCAGGUUGAGGAGAUCAGGACCAGCAUAGCUAAAAUAGCUCAAUAUGUUGAAGAGGUAAAGAAAAACCACAGCAUCAUUCUUUCUGCACCAAACCCAGAAGGAAAAACAAAGGAAGACCUUGAGGAUCUGAACAAAGAAAUCAAGAAAACUGCCAGUAAAAUCCGAGCCAAGUUGAAGUCUAUCGAGCAGAGUUUUGAUCAGGAUGAGAGUGGGGACCGCACCUCAGUGGAUCUCCGGAUACGACGAACUCAGCAUUCAGUACUGUCUCGGAAGUUUGUGGAGGUCAUGACCGAGUACAACGAGGCCCAGACUCUGUUUCGGGAGCGGAGCAAAGGACGCAUACAGCGCCAGCUGGAGAUCACUGGAAGAACCACGACCGACGAGGAGCUGGAAGAAAUGCUGGAAAGCGGGAGCCCUUCGGUCUUCACCGCAGACAUUAUAUCAGACUCGCAGAUCACUAGACAAGCUCUCAAUGAAAUUGAGUCUCGUCACAAGGACAUCAUGAAGCUGGAGACCAGUAUCCGGGAGCUACACGAGAUGUUCACGGACAUGGCCAUGUUCGUCGAGACCCAGGGCGAAAUGAUCAACAACAUAGAAAAAAACGUUAUGAACGCCACAGACUAUGUAGAACACGCUAAAGAAGAAACGAAAAAGGCGAUUAAAUAUCACAGCAAAGCUAGAAGGCAACAACCUUGUCGUAGCGACCGUAUCCCGAGAGCCACUGUCCUUGGAGUCAGACCACAGGCGCAGCGAGCGGUGAGCCCGCGCCCUCCCGUCCCGUGA